AUGGCACAGGGAUCUCAUUACAAUGCCAUUGAAGACUACGGUUUGAUUGGCGAUAUGCACACAUGUGCGCUGGUGAGCAAAGCCGGCAGCUUGGAUUAUAUGUGCUGGCCGGUCUUUGAUUCUCCAACUGUCUUCUGUCGUCUUUUGGACGCCAAAAAAGGGGGUUACUGGUCCGUCAACCCAGCCAAGUCGGUGAUCGAUGCGCAUAACAAGCAGCGGUAUCUGCCCUACUCGAACUUGCUGGAGACUCGUUGGACCAACGAAGAUGGUGUGGUGACUCUCCUGGACUUUUUCCCUGUAGCGCCCAAGAAAACGGCCCAGUCGAGUCGACUGCUCUCGGGUUAUUGUCCGUGCAAGGAGCCGGAGACAAACCGAUUCAAGUCGGGGCUCCAGCAUUCGGGUCUCAUCCGAAAGAUUGAAUGUAGCCGAGGCUCAAUGGAGUUGGAGGUGAACUUGUUCCCGGCUUUCAACUAUGCCCGGGAUUCUCACAAGGCCCGUGCCAAACUCGAGAAUGACUUGAGCGCCCACCGACUACAGACGGUUCAUUUCGAGAGUGAAUCGGAACGCUUGGAACUCGAGAUCUUUGCGAGUUCGCGAGAGCCUGACAAGCUGGGGAUGCCCAAAGCCAUUCUCAGUCUUGAAGAGCGGCCGGGCUCGCUGGGGCGAGGGUUCACGGCCGUCAUUCGCCUCUCAGAGGGGCAGGCAAUCCAGUUUGUGCUGCAUAGUCCUGAAAAGGCCGUGCCGGGCCCAGCUAUGAUGGGAGCCUACUUGGAGAGAAUGGAAGAAGAAACCUUUGACUUUUGGACGGCCUGGACUCGUCAAUGUACAUUUCGCGGACACUACCGAGAGACGGUUGAGCGCAGCCUCUUAAUUCUGAAGCUCCUCACCUAUAAACCCACUGGUGCAAUCGUUGCGGCCCCGACUUUUUCCCUUCCUGAGAAUGUGGGCGGAACUCGUAAUUGGGACUACCGAUAUUCAUGGGUCCGUGACACCGCGUUCACCCUGUAUGUCUUUCUCAAAAUGGGCUACAGCCGCGAGGCGGAAGACUAUGUCAACUUCAUCUUUGAGCGAAUCUUCCCUCAUGCGGCACAACAAACCGAGCCGGGGAGCAAACAGCCCUUCCUGCCACUCAUGUUCACGAUUCGGGGCGAGUGCGACAUUCCUGAAGUAGAACUCGACCAUCUGGAUGGAUACCAAGGCAGCAAGCCUGUGCGUGUCGGAAACGCCGCCGUCUUCCAUACGCAGCUUGACAUCUAUGGAGAAUUACUGGAUAGCAUUUAUCUCUACAACAAGCAUGGCAAUCCAAUCUCUUACGAUCAGUGGGCCGCUAUUCGACGCAUGGUCAACUACGUGAUCGGCGUGAGACAUCAAAAGGAUAUGUCCAUCUGGGAGUCACGAGGACAAAUCCAGAACUUCAUCUACUCCAAGGUGAUGAUGUGGGUCGCCCUUGACCGGGGCGUGCGACUUGCGGAGAAGCGAGCCAGUCUCCCGUGUCCAGACCGUCUGCAGUGGAUUCAGGUACGAGAUGACCUAUACGACGAGAUUAUGGAAAGAGGUUACAACAAGGAACGUGGACAUUUCUGCCAGAGUUACGAGAGCCGGGAGGUCCUGGAUGCCUCGAUUCUCAUUGCGCCACUCGUAUUCUUUGUUGCACCGAACGAUCCACGUUUCAUCAAUAGCCUCAAGUGUAUUCUACAUGGACCUGAAAAAGAAGGCCUGUCUAGCGCUAAGCUCGUUUUUCGAUACGACCAUUUGAAAGCUAACGAUGGUGUCGGAGGUGCGGAGGGUGCUUUCAUCAUGGUUACCUUUUGGCUUGUCGAAGCUAUGGCCCGUCCCUUCUUUGGCGUCUUUCCCCCUCAGGCCGCAAAAUACGAUGUUCCCAUUCCCAAUCUCUGGAAACUAGCCCUUUCGCAUUUUGACAAUAUUUUGUCCUACUCGAACCAUCUGGGGAUGUUCUCGGAAGAAGUCGCCAUUUCGGGGGAACAGAUGGGCAACACUCCUCAGGCAUUUAGUCAUCUCGCAUGUGUCAGUGCGGCCAUGAAUCUGGAAAGGCUGGGUCGAGAAUACUUCGCUCAAGCUGGUCAGCCGGUCUCCAACUCCACCAAGGAAAUGUCGUCAGACGAGGAGGACUUUGUGUCCAGCCCCAGCACCCCCACUGCAAGCGCCGAUGCUUUGACUCAGGCGCGGCUGUCCACCGCAAUGGAUCAGUUGCAACUCGGCAAUCGACGUCCACAAUCACCUCCCGACAAUCAAACCGCGCCGCACAAGACCAGUUCUUCAGCUGAAGCUUCGACUGCCUUCAGGACGAGUGAGAACGCCAAGAAAAAGCCAUUAGCGCUCUUGGAUCUACCUUGGGAUAUAUUGAAAGAGAUUGUGAAAGAGAUCACUCACACCGAUGAUUUGACCUCCCUUGCGUUGACCUGCUCUGCUCUUCAUGAUCUCGCUAUACCCUACUUGUACUCACGGUUCGACAUUGUCUGGCCCGAGGUAGUCGAGGACUCCUCGGCAGAUGGCUCUUCGGGGGUGGAUGCGCUGUCCCACGGAUUAUCGACGCUAGUGAUGGGAGAAGGCAUCUUUCACCAACUACCUCAAAUGGCAUAUCCUUCAACCUCGAGCUCCUGCUCACUUUGCGGCUGCGAUGGACGGGCUCAUGCUUCUUCUUCAGGCGCGAACACGCGGAUCACCGAGUGUGCAUCUCGACCCCGGCGCGGCAAUUAUUACGCACAAUAUACGCGAACAUUCUCAAUCGCCAACGGGCCAAUUAGCUGGAUUCGAGAAUAUUCCGUGAACAGGGAAGUGGGAAAAAUGUUGGGAACCCUCGUGGCCCUGGCCGUGGCGCGAAUGGUCAAUUUGGAAGCAUUCAUCUGGGACAUGCCGACAGGGGUGGUCCGUGAGAUUUGGCUGGCGCUUGCAUCUCUGGCCAAUCGACCUGGACAUGAAUGCCGACUUGAGCAAGUUUGGGUCCGCUGGCACGACAAUAAGCAGAAUUUAUUGCGCGCCAAUCAUACGUCUUUUCCGAGGCUGCCGAGAAAUUGGAGGGACACUCGUAUCGAAUACCCGUCACUGUCUAUUCUACCACCUCUGAAGAGCAUCACUGUUCUUGAAAUUGAUGAAACAGCCUACUUGGAUGAACUCGCGGUGUUGAUCGAGCGCUCUCGGACUCGGCUGAUCGAACUCAGAAUUGGGAUCACAUCUCGUGUCAGAUUUUUCAAUGCAUUCCUCUGUCAAAAGGACAGCGACGAGCCGAAUGCUGGAUGGCCCAAACCUGGUGGGGUUCUGAGUGUUCUCUCCUGUGCCGUAGAGAAUGGGGCAUGUCGCUGGCACGAGGCUUCAACUCAAUUCACACACGCCGACGGGUCAUCGGACCAUGGGCUUGACAGCGCAGCAACCUCGCAGCAACCCACAGAAGUCAGCUCAGACAGACACAUCUUACCAGGAAAUGAGAAAGAGCAAUCCCAAGAUCUGGGUGACGAGGAUCAAAGUCACACUCACAGCAAUGUUUCUGUUCCCAUCGGGGAAGGACUGGCCUCUUCUGGCCCGCCAAGACAUGGCCAGCUCAAGCUACGGGUCCUGGAGCUCGAGCGAGUUCAUCUGCAUGCACCGACUCUUUUGGCGGCGAUCGAUUGGACGUGUCUCGUCGCGCUCACCCUAUUGGGUUGCAAGGAUGACGAACAAUUGUGGAAAGCUCUGCGCCGAAAAUACUCACCAUCGGUGAUCACGCCCCCCAAGCGAACAUGCGAUCAAACGUCAAGUCCAGUAGAGUCCAAAUAUCCCCUUAAUUUGAAGCACCUGCACACGGACAACGUUUCCCCAUACCUGAUGCUCUUCGUCAAGGAGUCUCUUGCCCCCAACACACUGGAAAGUGUGUAUCUACACGAACCGGUUCAUCCGGAACUCUCCGUGCCUAUAGAUGCUAUUUACAAAUACAUACUCCGCCGGCAUCGACUGAGUCUGCGCAGGGUCUUGGUUGCCUCACCGGAUCAGUCUGAUCCUGACGAGCCGCGAAUAUGGAUGUUCACACGCGAAAUCAUCUCAUUUGUCACCAGCGGCCGCAUGCCACAGUUAAGCGAGCUCGGGAUGGCCAUCGAUCACAGUAGCUGGCACCACUUUCUACGGCGAAUCCCGAACAUGUCCCAGCUUUUUGCCCUCUACCUGGCCAAAAUCGACCACUCACCCCAGCCCGAGUUGAGAGAACUCGGUCUGCAAAUUUUGGAUAUUGUCAGCAUUCGUCCCGAUCUCAAGCUUACGUACAUCGGUGUGCAAUCGAAAUGCUAUCAAAUUGAGGAAGCCAGCCCUGGCGAUGUGGAGUACGACGCCCAUCAACAUCCCGAUUCAGACUACGAAACUGGAGACCCGAAUGAAGAAUCGGAUCUUGGCGACGACAGCGAGUUGGAUUCGCCAGAACAGUCAUACAUUUCAGAUCCCCUGUCGAGUGGCCUUUCCGAUGACUCUGAUAUUGAAAUUGGGGACGACGGUGAACCGCGCGCACGCCUGUGGCUACAUGAGAUACCCUACUGCGAUGAUAAGAUAUCGAUUUUCAAGGCUCGCCACGCGAUGAUCUGA